AGCUACAGCCUCAAGGGACCGGGUGUUUCGCAGAAAGCAAAGGGCCCUACGCAAGCGGAACUCAUAGAAUCAGAGGAAAAUUUCCUAAAGGAAAGAGAGGAAAGAUGGAGGGGUAUGGAUAAAACCGUGGAGCCCAGUCUACCCAGGGAGGAAGGUUGGCAGCUACAGCCCAAAGGGACCAGUGUUUCGCAGCAAGCUAAGGGCCUUACGCAAGCAGAACUCAUAGAAGCAGAGGAAAAUUUCCUGAAGGAAAGAGAGGAAAGAUGGAAAGACAUGGAUAAAAUCCGUGGGGCUCAGUCUACCCAGGGAGGAAGAGUGGCAGCUACAGCCUCAAAGGGACCAGGUGUUUCGCAGAAAGCUAAGGGCCCUACGCAAGCAAGGGCUCAGUCUACCCAGGGAGGAAGACUGACAGCUACAGCCUCAAAGGGACCAGGUGUUU